AUGGCGCGCCAGUUUUUCGUCGGCGGCAACUUCAAGAUGAACCCGGUCACCCGGGACCAGAAGAAGGCCCUCAUCAAGAUCCUCAACGAUGCCACCGUCGACCAGAACGUUGAGGUCGUGAUCUCGCCGCCCGCUCUGUACCUCAUCCCGGUCAAGGACAGCCUUCGCUCUGACUUCAAGGUCGCCGCCCAGAACUGCUACGUGAAGGACUCGGGCGCGUUCACCGGCGAGAUCAGCCCGCGCCAGCUCGUCGACGCCGGCGUGCCCUACGUGAUUCUCGGCCACUCGGAGCGCCGCACGCUCUUCGGCGAGACCUCGAAGCUCGUCGCGGACAAGACGCAGGCGGCGAUCGCCGCCGGGCUCUCCGUCAUCCUCUGCGUCGGCGAGACGCUCGAGGAGCGCGAGGCGGGCAAGACGAAGCAGGUCGUCGAGGCCCAGCUCACGCCCGUCGUCGCCGCGCUCAAGGAGGCCGACUGGAGCAAGGUCGUGGUCGCGUACGAGCCCGUGUGGGCGAUCGGGACGGGCAAGGUCGCGACGUCGGCGCAGGCGCAGGAGGCGCACGCGGACAUCCGCGCCUACCUCGCGUCCGCGGUCUCCUCCGCGGUCGCGGAGGGCACGCGCAUCAUCUACGGCGGGAGCGUCAACGCGGGGAACUGCAAGGAGCUCGGUUCGCAGAAGGACGUCGACGGCUUCUUGGUCGGCGGCGCGUCGCUCAAGCCCGAGUUCGUCAACAUCGUCAACGCGAAGCAGGCGUGA